UAGGGUGUCUUCCUUCACUUUCCUUUCCAUAUUGAUUCUUCGCUCCUCUUUCACAACGGAUACUUCUUUCUCCCGCUCGCUCUAUAUAUUUCACCUCUUUCCUUAGUCUUUCUCCAUUCUAUUCACUCCCUAUCAGCUUUUGAUUCCUUGAUAUUCUCUCUCUCUCUCUCUCUUUCUGGGUUUUUGAUUGAUUGUGUUUUCUUUUUCUGGUUUGAUUGAUAUAUACCUUGAUACCCAGAUGGGGUUUAAUGGAUUGAUGCGGUGGUGGCUGGUUUUUGCUGGGUUUUUGUGCUGCUGUGAAGGGUUUAAGUUCAUCGUCGGUGGAAAGGGUGGGUGGGUGGAGAACCCUUCUGAGGAGUAUAAUCAGUGGGCGGGGAGGAACAGGUUUCAAGUGAAUGACACUCUCUUUUUUAAGUAUCAGAAGGGGGUGGGGUCUGUGUUGGUGGUGGAGAAAGAUGACUACUUCAGUUGUAAUACAGAGAAGCCGAUAAUGAAAAUGGAUGAUGGUGAAUCGGAGUUCAAGUUUGAUAGAUCGGGUCCCUUCUUCUUCAUCAGUGGAAAUAAGACCAGCUGCGAUCAUGGCCAGAAGUUCAUCGUCGUCGUUUUGUCUCCCGACCAUUUCAAGCCCCGUCCAGCUGUGCCUCCGGCGUCGCCUCCUAAAGCCUCUGCACCAGCCCCACCGCCGUAUACAGCACCUGCUUCACCGCCGAAGUCGGCGUCCCCUGGUCCUUCGCUCCCACCAGCCUUGUCGCCGAAUUCUCCAUCUCCGGUUGCUCCGACACCGGCGAAGACACCCGAGCUAUCUCCUACACCUGCGCAUUCUCCGGAACAGUCUCCGGCGCCGUCGAAUUCUCCAUGGUCGCCGUCUCCCACACCCUCCAUCUCUCCAGCGCCCUCGUAUUGGUCGCCGUCUCCAACCCCUUCCUAUUCUCCUGCGCCGUCAAAUCCUCCAUCAUCGCCGUCUCCAACACCCUCUCCUGGACCGGCAAAUUACCCAUUGGCGCCGUCACCUCAGCCAAACUCUCCAACAACUUCUCCAAAUCCUUCACCCCCCACUUCGUCUCCUCCUGUUCCAGCCACAACCCCACCUUCACCUUCGACGUCUACUCCCGCCACCCCACCUUCAUCUUCGACCUCUACUCCGGCCGCCGUCAUUUCACCGGCACCGACACGGUCAUCGGCAACUGUUAUUGCACCGUCAACGGUUACCUUGUCAUCCGUGGUUAUUACAAUACUGAUUAUUGCUUUAGGCCGCUUGUUUUAACAUUCAUUUCUUUAAUUUCUUUUUUUAUAAAUGCAUUUUAUUUUAUUUUAUUUU